GCUGCGGCGCGAGGCCGGCCGGGAGGGAGCAGCCUGCUUUCUCCGGAGUCCGGAGUAGCCAAGGACCGAGCUGAGCAAGCGGAGCGCGGCGCCUGCGGGAAGCCGGGGCAGCAGCAGCCUCGCCGCGCCAUGCGGGCCUCAGGCUACUGAAGGCCAGGCCCCUGCCAGCUCUGGGACUCCUGUGUUAGUGUUUUCAGUUAAUUAAGAAAACAAACCCUGAUUUCUGACUGAGACGGUGCUGCAGAUGGAGAUGAAGGAUCCCCUGGCCAUGGCCACGUGCAGGAGAAGAUGGCCAACACCUGCAGAUUGUGCCAAUGAGGACCUGAGGCACCUGCCUGCUGACCAUCCCAGCCUGCAGUGACCAUGGCUAUGAGCAAGAGGAGUCACCAUGGCCUGGGCUUCCUUUGCUGCUUUGGAGGCAGUGACCUCCCUGAGAUCGACCUCCGGGACAGCCACCCGUUGCAAUAUCUGGAGUUUUCCGGUCCCAUCCCGAACCCAGAGGAGCUCAACAUCCGCUUUGCAGAGCUGGUGGAUGAAUUGGACCUCACGGACAAAAACCGAGAGGCUGUGUUUGCACUACCACCCGAGAAGAAAUGGCAGAUCUACUGCAGCAAGAAGAAGGAGCAGGAGGACCCCAACAAGCUGGCAACCAGCUGGCCUGACUAUUACAUUGAACGUAUCAACUCCAUGGCUGCGAUGCAGAACCUGUGUGAAUUUGACGAGGAGGAGACCAACACGAGGAACCAAGUUGUAGAAGACCUGAAGACAGCCCUCCGGACGCAGCCCAUGAGAUUCGUGACCCGCUUCAUCGAGCUGGAAGGCUUGACCUGUCUGCUGAAUUUCCUCCGGAGCAUGGACCACGCCACCUGUGAGAGCCGCAUCCACACCUCUCUCAUCGGCUGCAUUAAGGCUCUGAUGAACAACUCCCAGGGACGGGCACAUGUUCUGACACAGCCCGAGGCCAUCAGUACCAUCGCGCAGAGCCUGCGCACGGAGAACAGCAAGACUAAGGUUGCGGUGCUGGAGAUCCUGGGUGCGGUGUGCCUCGUGCCCGGAGGCCACAAGAAGGUUCUGCAGGCCAUGCUGCACUACCAGAUGUAUGCAGCUGAGCGCACUCGCUUCCAGACACUGCUGAAUGAGCUGGACCGAAGUUUGGGUCGGUACCGGGAUGAGGUAAACUUAAAGACAGCCAUCAUGUCCUUCAUCAAUGCCGUCCUCAAUGCUGGGGCUGGAGAGGAUAACCUGGAAUUUCGCCUACAUCUCCGGUAUGAGUUCCUGAUGCUGGGGAUCCAGCCAGUGAUUGAUAAACUCCGACAACACGAGAAUGCCAUCCUGGACAAGCAUUUAGACUUCUUUGAGAUGGUCCGGAAUGAAGACGACCUGGAGCUAGCCCGGAGGUUUGACAUGGUUCACAUCGACACGAAGAGUGCCUCCCAGAUGUUUGAGCUGAUCCACAAGAAGCUGAGGCACACGGAGGCCUACCCCUGCCUCCUCUCUGUGCUGCACCACUGCCUGCAGAUGCCAUACAAGCGGAACGGUGGCUACUUCCAACAGUGGCAGCUCCUGGACCGAAUCCUCCAGCAGAUCGUCCUCCAGGAUGAGCGGGGCGUGGACCCUGACCUGGCCCCGCUGGAAAACUUCAAUGUCAAGAACGUCGUCAACAUGCUCAUCAAUGAGAACGAAGUGAAGCAGUGGCGGGACCAAGCAGAGAAGUUCCGGAAGGAACACAUGGAGCUCGUGAGCAGGCUGGAGAGAAAGGAGCGGGAAUGUGAGACAAAGACACUGGAGAAGGAAGAGAUGAUGAGGACCCUGAACAAGAUGAAGGACAAGCUGGCUCGGGAGUCCCAGGAACUGCGCCAAGCUAGGGGACAAGUGGCAGAAUUGGUAGCCCAACUCAAUGAAAUCUCAACUGGCCCAGUGUCUUCCCCACCUCCCCCUGGAGGUCCACUCACCUUGUCUUCCUCCACAACAACCAAUGAUCUGCCUCCACCCCCACCCCCACUCCCCUUUGCCUGCUGCCCACCCCCACCCCCACCGCCCCCUCCUCCCGGAGGGCCUCCUAUCCCCCCAGGUGCUCCGCCUUGCUUCAGCUCAGGCCUGCCCCUGCCUCAGGACCCCUUCCCCAGCAACAGUGCCCCACUCAGGAAAAAGCGCAUCCCCCAGCCUUCACACCCACUGAAGUCCUUCAACUGGGUCAAGCUGAAUGAGGAGCGUGUCUCUGGUACCGUGUGGAGUGAGAUUGAUGACAUGCAGGUAUUUCAGAUUCUGGACCUGGAAGAUUUUGAAAAAAUGUUCUCGGCAUAUCAGAGGCACCAGAAAGAACUGGGUUCCACGGAAGACAUCUACCUGGCUUCCCGCAAGGUCAAAGAGCUGUCAGUCAUCGAUGGCCGGAGGGCCCAGAACUGUAUCAUUCUUCUCUCCAAGUUGAAGCUUUCUAAUGAGGAGAUACGCCAGGCCAUCUUGAGGAUGGAUGAACAGGAAGACCUCGCUAAGGACAUGCUGGAGCAGCUCCUCAAGUUCAUCCCUGAGAAGAGCGACAUUGACCUCCUGGAGGAGCACAAGCAUGAGAUUGAGCGGAUGGCGCGUGCAGACCGCUUCCUCUAUGAAAUGAGCAGGAUUGACCACUACCAGCAGCGACUACAGGCCCUCUUCUUCAAGAAGAAGUUCCAGGAACGGCUGGCAGAGGCCAAGCCCAAAGUAGAAGCCAUCCUGCUGGCCUCCCGGGAGCUGACCCUCAGCAAGCGCCUGAAGCAGAUGCUGGAGGUGGUCCUUGCCAUUGGUAACUUCAUGAACAAGGGGCAGCGUGGGGGUGCCUACGGGUUCCGGGUAGCCAGUCUCAACAAGAUUGCUGACACGAAGUCCAGCAUUGACAGGAACAUCUCUCUGCUUCAUUACCUGAUCAUGAUCCUGGAGAAGCACUUCCCCGACAUCCUGAACAUGCCCUCGGAGCUGCGGCACCUAUCAGAAGCCGCCAAAGUCAACUUGGCAGAGCUGGAGAAGGAGGUGGGCAAUCUCAAGAGGGGCCUGCGAGCAGUGGAGGUGGAGUUGGAAUAUCAAAGACACCAGCCACGGGACCCCAAUGACAAGUUUGUCCCUGUCAUGAGUGACUUCAUCACAGUGUCCAGCUUCAGUUUCUCAGAGCUGGAGGACCAGCUCAAUGAGGCCAGGGACAAGUUUGCCAAGGCACUGACACACUUCGGGGAGCAAGAGAGUAAGAUGCAGCCGGAUGAGUUCUUCGGCAUCUUUGAUACCUUCUUGCAGGCCUUCUUGGAGGCCAGGCAGGACCUGGAGGCCAUGAGGAGGAGGAAGGAGGAGGAGGAGCGGAGGGCACGCAUGGAAUCCAUGUUGAAGGAGCAGCGUGAGAAGGAAAGGUGGCAGAGGCAGCGGAAGGUCCUGGCCGGUGGCACCCUGGAGGAGAGUGGAGAGUUCGAUGACCUGGUGUCGGCCUUGCGCUCAGGAGAAGUUUUUGACAAGGACUUGAGCAAGUUUAAGCGCAACCGCAAGCGAGGAGGGACUCAGGCCCCAGAGGUCACCCGUGAGAGGGCGAUAAGCAGGCUAAAGCAUUGACUUGGGGGCUGGGGACUGGCCACAUGGCGGCAGGCCUGGAGACAGGGAGCAGGGGAGAUGAUUUGAACAGACGCAGCAAUGACUCCAGUGGUUUGGAAAGCUGGUUUUGGGAGCCCUGGGCUGGGUCCCAGGGGCUGUGUGUGGCUAGACCGGGUGUCUCCCACACUGACAGAGGGCCGUGUCUCAUCUCCCCUUUACAUUAUGCAUUCACAUCCUGUCUCUCUCUCUGCCCCUCCCUCUCCUGGCCAUCAUUCUCUAAGACUAGCAUGGACAUCCCUGGCGGGCCCUGGGCUUUGGCCAGGAAAUCCCGGGCCAGAGAACACUGUUCUCCACACCUCAUGUUGGCACAGAGAUGUUCAAAAUCCAGGAGACCACAUUCCUUUUCAGACCUCUUGAACAGUGUGUGGUGGUGGAGUGGGACCCAAGAACCAACAGUAGGGACUCUAGGUGGCUCUCUGAAAAGACAGCUCAAUGGAACAUGGAUCUGAGACGGAAAUGAGGGGCCUUAUGUGUUCUAUCGAGAUAUGCUCUAGCAUGCUCCAGAAGAACACAUGUAGAAAGGGACCAGAGCCAGCAAGUGAGUUAUCUGCCUUUUUCCUAGAGCAAGUCCUGGGGCCUCUCCUCUCCCCGUGGUCACCUUCAUCCCAUCUACUAAAUCUCCUGUCCCCAAAUUCUUCUCUGGAUUGCAGAACUCUGGCCCACCGCCAGCUUACAGUAUGGCUCUGGUAAGGAGGGGUGUCCAAGAAAGACUCCCUUCAUCACCUCACCAGGCUCAGGCAUAGGGACCCCAAAGCAAACCCCAAUGCAACCUGACCACUGUCCUGGAGAGACAGUGACCUGAGUUCCCAGCAGUUCCUCACCAGAGGACAACACUCAAAUGUGUCACUCCUGGGGAUCUACCAUUCCACUCAGCUGACCGACCCCUUCCAUCCCUCUCAGUCUCCAUCUGAGGUCACAGCGGAGCUCCAUGUACUUGGCUGCAGCUGGCUUUGGGAAUUGUUCCGGAGGCCUAGACCCACCCUCCACGUUUGACUGUCAUUCUGAGGGAGACAUGUAGCCAGAUGGGGCUGAGAAGAGCAGGCAGGAAAAGCUGAGAUGAGGAUGGAGGAAGGAAAAUUUGUGUAGGAUGCUCACGUCAGGGCUUGCUCUUGCAUCUGUGCUCAGUUUGGUUCCUCAGCCUGACUUGCAUGGGACCAUCCUGGCCCUCCUCCUGUUCACUCAUCUUCUGUUCCGCCCAUCUUCAGUUGUUGUUGAUGGUAUGGGUGGCAGCACUACUAUAUCUAGGCAAAUGUUCUAAAUGGAGCAGGGUAAGAUCAACUCCAUGAAGGUUCUUAUUAUCUAGUGCACCUCUGUCCCCUCCCAUCCUGAGACCAAUCUUGCCUGAGUACCACCCACCAGCCCCUGGCUCUUCUCCUCUAGCCGCCUGGCUCAGGGUCAUUGCCAGUGGCCGUGGAUGCUCACUCCUGUAACUGUCCACCUUCUGUUUUUCUACAUGAGAUUCCUAGUGGGUGGGGCCAUAGUAGCUGUGGGGAGGAGAAACAUGGCGUUAAGCUGGGCAUGCACAGGGGCUUGAGAGGCAUCUCAGCAAGUAGAAGACAGGCCAGUAGACAGAGUGGGAAGAAGCCAGCCUAAGAGGGCAAAAGGGCUUCUAAGAAGGUGGCUACUGCCUCACUCCCCAGCAAGCUAUUAAGAAUGGAGAGGCCGGAGCUGGACAUCUUCCCAUCUUCCAAACUGCCCAGGCUGUCGGCCUAACAUGCUAGGGGCAGGAGACAGGCAUGCUGUGUUCCGGCCUUCCCAAACACCACCAAGACUGGACAUGCACUAGGAAAGACAAGGAAGAUGGAAGUUCUUGAAGGAACACAACAGAUCCUCAGAAAAGCCAUUUGGCAUCUCUCCAGAGCCCAGCCUUCUCACCCCAAAGAAUUUUGCCUUCUCUAUUUAUUAUUUUCCAAAUCUGGCCAGUGGCUCUGGUGCUAUAUGUCUUUGUAACCAGAUUUCAACAGUGCCUUGGAGUACGGACCAUUGUGAGUGGCUCAGCAGGAAGUGACUGGUGCCGUGGAGGUGGACAGGCUGGUCCUCAACGUUAAACGAAGUCUACCCCAGUGCCUUCCCACCUGUCUUGCCCCUGUGGGUCAACUGCUCCAAUUAACUUUGUGCACAAUGUAAGAUUCGUAGUCCAGCCAACACACCCUUCUCAGCAGAGGCCAUUCCCUUCCCAAGACGGAAGUUUGUCUGGGGAGGAAGGACAAAACUCUCCAGGUAGGUGGAGAUAGGCAUGGGGUCUUCACAUCCACUCCUAUUGACACCAACUUGGGAGCUGUGACCAUCUCCCUGGGACAUCUGCCAACCUUCAUGCCAAGGCCACUCUCAACAGCUGCUGCCGAAGACAAAUAAGGUUCAUAUGUACAGAACUCUACAGUGUCCUUUUUACCCGCACCCUUUUAUAAGAAUAUAUUGUAAUACUAAAAACUAUUAAAUUCAUCCCCACCCCCA